AUUUUGAAUUGAACAAACUGAGGUUGCUCUAGCGGCUAGAGUAACUCUUGAAGCAGAAAACAAUAUUUGUUUAAACAUAAUUCGUAGACUAAAUGUUCAUGAUUAAUGAAAAUGUAUCAAAUUUUAAGGUUAUAGUUGAGAUAAUAGGGUAUAAAAUUGGUGUUAAGUUGGUGAGACUGUUUGUGGUGUUAGUUUUCGUCCUUGGUGCAUCGAUGACACAGAUGACGGCCCGACACAUCUGAAAUUUCGGGUUUUUCUCGGAAUCCUAAUUUUCCUGUUUUUAUUUAUUCUCAAAGUGGCUUUUCCCCAAAAUGCUGAGAUUCAUUAAAAGGAUUCCUCAUAAAAAAAUAUGGCAAAAACGCAAUGUUCCUGUAGCGUAUCGAUCUCCAAAUUUUCAUAUAAUCUCCACCCCCAAACGAAAUUAUAGUCAAAGCACAAAAGAAGAUGCAAAAAGUGGCCGAGGUGGAAAAUUUUUAUUAGCUGUUGGGGCAAUUAUUACAGCUGGAGGAGCCACAUUAGCAUAUGCUAAAUACGACCCAGACUUCCGAAAAACAUUGACAGGGAUUGUACCAUUUACAGACGAUGUUAUACGAGUUAUUUGGCAAGAAGAUAACUUAUAUUCAUCUAAUUUAAUUGCUGCUUACUAUGAUAGCAUUAAAAAAUCUGUUCUUGGUUUGUUUUCUGGUAGUAAAUCAUCGGGAGAUAGAAUGACUAAAUCCCUACCUGAACCUACAGAAUAUAAAGCUCCUCCACCCAUUAUCCCAGUUUUGGAGAAGGAAGUUAAAAAGCCUCCUCCUCAAAAUUACACAGAGAUUAGACUUGAAAAACUAGAAAGCGGAAAACAAGAACCAGUAAUUGAACUAGCUGGAGAUCCUAAGCCUAAAGCUGUCCCGACGUCAUCAGAUAAACCCACAACGGAAAAUAUAGCCAAACUUGAAGAGGAAAUUUGUGAAUCUGCCGAAGAAGCUGUGAAUGCUUUCAACAAAGCAGUGUUUAUAACAAAAUCUUACAAUGCUGAUAUCGAAUACAUAAUAGAUGAAGCUGUAAAUGAAAUCAAUCCUGAAACUUGGGAAAUUAUCAAGGGCAAAACGAGAUCCAAGCAGGAAUGUGUUAGAAGAGCAAAAGAAAAGGCUGAUAUUGCUGUUAAGAAAAUAAAUAAAUUAAAGGAAUUAGUUUCUAGUCCUUCCUUUGAAGCAGAUCAAUCCACUAAACAAAUAAUCCAAACAAACAUUGCAAAAGUACAAGAAGAUAUCGAAAAUGCUAAAAAAGAAUUGAGUAGAGAACAAAAAAUAGGCAGUGUUGCAGAAAAAUAUUGGGACAAAGUAGAAAAAUCCCGUAUACACUUUUCUGAAGAAUUGGAAAGUCUAUUUCCCACCAUAGAUCUUUCCAAAAAGCAAUUGUGUCUGACUCAAGAAGAUUUAGACCUUUUUGUUCUCCAUACUUAUGCUCAUGUGCUAUUCUAUCAAAAAGAGUUGGCUAAAAUGGAAACACUCAUCCAAGAAAGACUUAGAGCUGCUACUGAAGCCGCCAAAAAAGGUGGAGGGGAAGUAUUAACAAACGCUCAGAUUUGUGAAGCUUUGGAACAAGAAAAAAGGAGGCUGAAUUUGUGUUUCCAACAACAGGUCUUGAAAUUGAGGAAGCAACAUGAAUUGGAACUACGAGAACAAUUGAAGAGACAGUCUCAAACAUUUACUGAUCAUUUAGAGGAAGCCGUUAAGCGUAGGGCUGAAGAAAUUGAACUAGAACUGACUAGAAAGUAUGACGAAUUGUUGGAAAACGAAAAAUGUAAAGCUAAGAUACAGUUAGCAGCAGUUGUUGGACGAUUAAAGGGAUUAGAUCAAGCUAUAACUGAAAAAAAUAAUGCAGACGCAGCUAGCAGACAAGCUCAAGUACUAUGGAGUGCCUGUCAAGCUUUAUUGAGAGCUAUAAAAGCCGGUUGUCCGGGGUUGUCCUGGAAAGAUCAAAUCAGACCUUUGGAACCGGAAAUUUCAGCCGUGGAAAAAGCAGCUGCUGAAAACGAUGACUUGGUGUGUGCGGUGAUAAAUGGCAUUCCAAAAGAAGCUAGAGAAAGAGGAGUUUAUCCAGAAGACGCUUUAAGAGAGCGCUUCUUAAAAGUCGAAAAAGUAGCUCGAACUGUCGCUUUAGUUCCAGACGAAGGUGCUGCGUUGCCUGUCCAUAUACUAUCUUACAUUCAAUCAUUAUUACUUAUCAAAGCUGCUAGUCCCAUUCCUCAGAGUGAACUUAACGACGAAAAAAUUGAUAUCUCAAAGUUGAACACUAAUGAUAUUUUACAAAGGGCGAGGUAUUGGUUGGACCGAGGCGAUUUCGCCCAAACUUUAAAAUACAUGAAUUUAUUGAAAGGAGCGCCUAGGUGUGUAGCAAGAGAAUGGAUGGAAGAAACUAGAAUAUAUUUAGAAACCCAACAGGCCGCAAAUACUCUUAUGGCAUAUGCAGCGUCUAGUGGUUUAACUUAUUUGUGAUCGAUGAAAAUAUGGUAAUUAUCAAGUAUUUACAAACGAUUGUCCGUCGCCCGAUUUUAGAUUCUUUUUUUUUUUUAAUUUAAUUUAAUUUAAUUUAAAUACAUUUUGGCCACUUUUUCUUCUUAUCAGUCUACCUGGAAAAUUGCGUUGUUCGUGUUGUAUUCUUUAGCUAUUAUAAAAGAAUAUUUGAAUAUAUUGUAAAAUAAUUGUUA